UACAGACAAGUGCGUCGAUAAAUGACUUGCGCUCUCAAGUGACAGGUGAAGAAAUGCUUAUCGGAUCACUUGUUGCUACAGAAGGAUUGCAGUGGUGGAUACAAAGUUGAGACUGCGGCAAUGCGCAUUUCCUGCCCAAUGACUAUGGAGACGGAGACAUCAGAUGGAUAUCUUGCUAGUAACGGAAACUGCUCUCCCAGGAAGGAGAACCCGAGAAUGCUGGUGGACCUGUCAACCAGCACACCUAAUGGGCAACAUUCCCAAAGUCCUGUGUCACCCACUGAACACACAAUCAAGCAAGAGGAGGUGGGGGAGGAGGAGUUGGAGAGGAGGCUUCCUGGCCCAGAGGAGACGGCCCAGAGUGGGGAGGAGGGCUCUGGCCUGGAGGAGCCCAUGAUGGACAGCCCAAACAAUCUCCAGGACAUGGGGCCAGCAACAGAUGGUCCCAAUGAUAGCGGCAAUCGACUGCCCAAUGGAGAGAGACCCUUCCAGUGCAGCCAAUGCGGCGUGUCCUUCACUCAGAAGGGGAACCUGCUGAGGCACAUCAAGCUGCACACGGGCGAGAAGCCCUUCAAGUGCCCCUUCUGCAACUACGCCUGCCGCCGCCGCGACGCCCUUACCGGACACCUGCGCACGCACUCAGAUGUGUCCAAAGAGCCCCGGCCCAUGAUGGAGCCCUCCAACAUGGUGUCCUUCGACCGCCCACCCGUCAUAGAGAGGCUGCAGGGCAAUGUGGGCAAGAGGAAGAGCACCACUCCACAGAAGUUUGUGGGUGAGAAGAUGCUUCGCUAUUCUUACCCAGAGAUCAACUUUGACAUGGGUCUGAAGUAUGAGAAGGAGGCUGAGCUCAUGCAGGCACAUAUGAUGGACCAGGCGAUGAAUGGCAUGCCUUUUCUAAGCUCUGAGGCCCUGAGGCCCAUGGUCCACCACCCGCCGCUCUCCAUGGCGGAAGUGGUGCCCAUGGUGAACUCUCUCUUCCACCCCGUGUACCCGCUCGGGCCACGCAUUGAUCGGCCCAGCAGCCGAGAGCACCCGCCGCUGCCCCCGCCUCCCCCCGAGUUCCCCCCCUCCACCAACGGGGCCCUCUCAUUGGUCCGACACAAGCACCCGCAGGCGGGCCGGGAGGGCUCGCCCAGCAACAGCGGCCAGGAGUCUGUGGACUCAGCCCGCAGCAGCCCCCGGGACAAGCAGGGGGCCCACGGCCUGCGCCCCAGGACCAGCCCCGGCUUCAGCAAGGGCGAGGGCCGGCCAGGAGAGGGGACGGCCACACGGCCGGCGGCGGCGGCGGCAGCGGCGGCCCGGGAAGCAGUGCGCGUCUUCAGCAACGAGGGCCACGAGCUGCGGGCCUUCCAGUGCGAGCACUGCCGCGUGCUCUUCCUCGACCACGUCAUGUACACCAUCCACAUGGGCUGCCACGGCUACAGGGACCCGCUCGAGUGCAACAUCUGUGGCCACUGCAGCAAGGACCGCUACGAGUUCUCCUCGCACAUCGUCCGCGGAGAGCACACCUUCCACUAGGGAGCCAAGGGCAGCUCUCAGGCCCCUGCACGUGCAAACACACACACACACACACACACACACACACACACACACACACACAUGCGCGCACACACACACACACACACACACACACACACACACACACACACACACACACAUGCACUCACACCUCCCUGGAGGAGGGCAGCCACAUAC